AUGGAGACCGUGAUCGGCAUCCGGGGGCGCACCUUCGCUCUGGUCGCAUGUGACCGGUACGCGAAUUCGAGCAUUCUUCGCAUGAAGGACGACGAAGACAAACUGAUGUUGGUUGACGACAACAAGGUGAUGGGCUUGGCGGGCCAGAUCGGGGACCGCCUCCAGUUCGGCGACUACAUCCAGAAAAACAUUCACCUCUACCGAUUUCGAAACAACAAGAAGCUGAGUUGCGCGGCAACCGCCAGCUUCACGCGCCAGCAACUCGCCUACUACCUGCGGCGAAGCCCGUACCACGUCGACGUCAUGCUCGCAGGCUACGACGAGAUGGGGCCGCACCUGUACUGGAUGGACUACCUGGCCUCGAUGGCGUCGGUGAACAAGGGAGCGCACGGCUACGCGGCCUACUUUUUGGGUGGUCUCUUGGACCGAUACUACCAUCCGGAGUUGACGGAAGAAGAGGCGCUGAAAAUCAUCGAAAUGUGCAAGAAAGAGCUUAUGACGCGAUUCGUCAUUUCCCAAGCGUCGUUCCGAGUUAAAAUUGCAACCAAGGACGGAAUCCGAACCCUCGAUAUCUAA